UUGGAGCGGCGCCCAGCUUGAUUACGCGGACCAGCAAACACCUGCGAGCCACAAACUCGGAAAAAGCAGACGGAAACCGCAACUUGUGUGGGGCUGUGUUAUCUGCAUCGAUGUGCUUGCGCUUGUGAUUCUCAUUCAACUCGCAUCAUGUUCGCCAAAUUUAGAGGUGCUUCUACUUCCUACCCUGCUAUUGCUUCCCAAUUUACCCGCUUCUCUGCAUUGCAUCAUCCUCAACCGUUUCCCUCUAUUUCGUAUCCCCCUCCACCGCCAUGUCUCUUACCAUUAAAAUACACAUAGCUUCCUACCUCAACCUCAAUCACAACCACCGUGUCUCCAACAUAGCCUCUUGCCCCAACUUCAUCUCCACAAUUCGACCCAAACCUUUUUGUAAUCCUAAUCCGCUAAUCCCCAGGACUCAUAUUUACAAAAUGCCUGCGGAUCAUAAGGCUGGUGCUGCUCCCAUCAUCAAGAGCUCUUUGAUUGAACCGGACGGAGGGACAUUGGUGGAUCUUGUGGUGCCCGAGGGCCUGAGGGCUUCCAAGACGUCAGAGGCGGAGUCAUUGCCUCAUGCGAAGCUCUCCAAAAUUGAUCUCGAAUGGGUUCAUGUGCUCAGUGAAGGAUGGGCCAGCCCUUUGGGAGGGUUCAUGAGGGAGCACGAGUAUCUGCAGAGUUUGCAUUUCAAUUCCUUGAGGAUGAAGGAUGGCACCGUGGUUAACAUGUCGCUUCCCAUUGUUUUGGCCAUUGAUGACGACACCAAGAGCCGAAUUGGGUCGUCCCCUCACGUGGCAUUGUUUGGGCCUGAUGGAGAUCACGUUGCCAUACUUCGAAGUGUUGAAAUAUACAAGCAUAACAAGGAGGAAAGGAUAGCUAGAACUUGGGGAACAACUGCUCCAGGAUUGCCGUACGUUGAGGAGGUUAUUGCUUCAGCUGGCAAUUGGCUUAUUGGAGGCGAUUUAGAAGUUCUGAAACCUAUCAAGUACAAUGACGGCCUUGACAACUACAGGCUUUCUCCCAAACAGCUCCGCCAAGAAUUUGAUAAGCGGGAAGCUGAUGCAGUUUUUGCUUUUCAGUUAAGAAAUCCUGUGCAUAAUGGUCAUGCCUUGUUAAUGAAUGAUACUCGCAGGCGCCUAUUGGAUAUGGGCUACAAGAAUCCAAUUUUAUUACUCCAUCCUCUUGGAGGUUUCACUAAGGCCGAUGAUGUGCCCUUGGAUGUCAGGAUGGAACAGCAUAGCAAGGUCUUAGAAGAUGGAGUCCUUGAUCCUGAGACUACUAUAGUUGCCAUAUUUCCAUCCCCUAUGCAUUAUGCAGGUCCAACUGAAGUACAGUGGCAUGCCAAGGCACGGAUAAAUGCAGGUGCCAACUUCUAUAUUGUAGGUCGUGAUCCUGCUGGAAUGGGUCAUCCAACUCAGAAAAGGGAUUUAUAUGACCCAGAUCAUGGGAAAAAGGUGCUCAGCAUGGCUCCUGGCCUUGAGAAGCUUAAUAUCCUGCCAUUCAAAGUGGCAGCAUAUGACACUUUGGAAAAGAAGAUGGCAUUUUUUGAUCCAACUCGCUCUGAAAAUUUCCUUUUCAUAUCAGGAACGAAGAUGCGAGCUUAUGCAAGAAGUGGGGAGAAUCCACCGGAUGGUUUUAUGUGCCCUGGUGGAUGGCAGGUUCUUGUCAAGUAUUAUGAGAGUCUGCAGGCGGAAGAAUCAUCACAGAAGCCUGCAGUUUUGUCAUCUUAGAUUUGACGAAGUGUUAAUUCUUAACGAGUGUGGAGAAAGAAUACUUGGAACUAGAAAGUAUGAUUCCGUCGUCAACU